AUGUGGCCACUGUGCCGAUGGGCACCCGACCUGGGAGUGCCCUUCGACACGCGGGCAGGCGAUACUAGUCAAAUGCGCCAACUGCGGCGGUGGACAUCGCCCGGUCAGUCGGGACUGCCGGCGAAGAUUGCGGCGAUGAAAGAGUCAAAACAGGCAUUGGCCGACUGCCCUACCUAUCACCGUAUCCCAUUGCACUUCCGUAACGCUGAUAACGGGGACAAAGCGACGCCUCAGAUCAGGUUGGAUCCGGUAGCAAGGGACGGCCUCGAUGCAUCUAUACAUGCACCGGACGAGCCGCAAGAGGCGGAACCCCCUCAACACCACCCACAGGCCAUAAUCGAUCAAGAACUCGAACCAGCAAGGACGCAGACAUCACUACAAGAGCUGGUCGAGCCAACGAGGCCCAAAAGGGGCCCUGGUCGCCCGAAGGGUUCUAGGACUAGACCUAAGGAUCAAGCACCACCCGUCUACGAUGUCGAACAUGACAACAUUGUGUCUAAAAAUUGCCUCAUGGGAGAGCCGGAGGACACUAUGGACGAGCAGCCGGACAACAGCAAUUGGUUCGACAUCCAUCUCCCGCAGGACGCCCUCCCACAGGACACCCUCCCGCAGGACGUCCUCCCCCGGGAUAACCUUCAACAGGAUGACCUCGAAGACGAGUUCACCCGGUUCACCAAUGAUGUUACAACGAUUAACGACAACGACAUCACGCCAGAGCCCGGCCUGGGUGAUCUAGAUCCAGAAAGCCCGGAAUACCGAAAACUCAUUACUCUCAAAUAUAACCGACCCCAAACAGUGCUAGUCAGAUCCUCUCCUCCCGCGAUUACGGCUGACGCACCCACAAUUGAAGACCCAAAUGACGAAAUAUGGCACGAGACCAGCGAGCGGAGUGAUGACGAACAACUUCACCAAUGA